AUGACUGAGCAAGAAAAUCUACCUGAAAUGACCAAAGACUGGACCAAAGAGCAUGUAAAACAAUGGGUAACCAAAGACCUUCAGAUUGAUGAGAAAUAUGGGCACAUUCUGCUCAGUGAAGAAGUGACAGGACUAGUCUUGCAAGAAUUAACUGAGAAAGAUCUUAUGGACAUGGGCCUACCACGUGGACCAGCACUUCUGAUAAGACGCAGAUAUAAUAGAUUGAAUACUCCCCCUGAAGGUAGUAAUCAGGAUUCAGGAAGAUUAGAUCAGACCAAAUCCUCCAAAAAAGAACACAACAAAAAGCCACAACAGGUAACAAAGGAAAAAGAAAAAUCCAAUAGUGUUUAUGAUCCCAGAAUGAUAAGUACAGAAGAAGAAUUGACUCCCAUGGGGAAAAGUACCUUAAGUGAAGUAAUGUCUGCUGAAGACAAAAAGAAUAUAAAGUUAAAAACUGAGCAGUGUACUUGUAUGCCAUAUCCUUUUGAUCAGUUCCAUGACAGCAUACGUUACAUAGAACAUUAUAUUCUACAACCUGAAACAGGACCGCUCAAUCUCAUAGACCCCAUACAUGAGUUCAAAGCCCUCACAAAUACAGAAACAGCCUCAGAUGAGGAUAUUAAGAUGAAAUUUAGCAAUGAAGUCUUCCGAUUUGCGUCAGCUUGCAUGAAUUCACGCACCAAUGGCACCAUUCAUUUUGGAGUCAAGGACAAACCUCAUGGAGAAAUUGUUGGUGUGAAAGUCACCCGUAAGGAUGCUUUCAUUGACCACUUCAAUUUAAUGAUCAAACAUUAUUUUGAAGAAAGUGAAAUCAAAGAAGCCAAAAAGUGCAUUCGUGAGCCAAGGUUUGUGGAAGUUCUACUACAGAACAAUACAUCAUCUGACAGAUUUGUCAUUGAAGUCGAUAUUAUUCCAAAAGAUUCUGUAUGUAAAGAUAAGUAUUUCUACAUUAAGAUGCAAAUUUUAAAAAAUGAAACAUGGAAACAAAGCCAGGAUACUUCACUGUUUGUGAGAGAGGGGGCUAGUUCUAAGGACAUCCUGGCCAAUGUUAAGCAACAAGAUAUCAGUUUCAAAGCAUUUCAUCAAAAUUUAAAGUCAGUCAUAGCAUUGAGAAAAGAAGCUGAAGAAGAAUAUAAGAUGAAAGAAAAGAAGAGUGAAUAUGAAGGACAAAAGCUGAUUAAACUUCUCAUAGGAAACCGAGAUUCAUUGGAUAACUCCUACUACAACUGGUACAUUCUUGUAACAAAUAAAUGCCAUCCAAACCAGACAAAGAACUUAGAUUUUCUAAAGGAAAUUGAAUGGCUUGCUGUUUUGGACUUUGAUCCUGAAUCUGUGAGUAGGGGCGUAGUCAAAGCUUAUAAAAAAAGCAGAGUAGCAAACCUUCACUUUCCAAACCAGUAUGAAGAAAAAACUACCAUGAUGGAGAAAAUUUCUAGUCUGAAUCUUUACUACCAGCCCAGUUGGAUCUUCUGCAAUGGCAGAUCAGACUUGAAAGAUGAAACAUAUAAGCCCCUAGAACCACAUUUAUGGCAGAGAGAAAGAGCUUCUGAAGUCAGGAAUCUGAUUUUAUUUCUCACCAAUGAAAAUAUAAUCACCAGAGGGAAACUGUUGGUAGUGUUUCUAUUACUCUCUUCAGUGGAAAGCCCAGGAGAUCCACUCAUUGAAACUUUCUGUGCUUUCUACCAAAACCUCAAAGGAAUGGAAAAUAUAUUGUGUAUCUGUGAAAACCCGCAGACUUAUCAACGAUGGAAAGAUCUACUACAGACAAGACUAACAAGGUCAGAUGAAUUAACAAACCACAGUAUUUCCACUUUAAAUUUAGAAUUAAUAAAUAGUACAAUCCUUAAACUGAAAUCAGUGACUCGGUCAUCAAGAAGAUUUUUGCCCUCCCGUGGAUCUUCUUCAGUUAUCCUAGAGAAAAAGGAAGAGGAUAUUUUGACUGCAUUGGAAAUCCUCUGUGAAAAUGAAUGUAGGGACACAGACAUAGAGAAAGAUGAAUCUAAAUUCCAAGAAUUUAGGAAAUCAAAAGAAGAACACUUUUACCGAGGUGGUAGAGUAUCCUGGUGGAACUUCUAUUUUUCUUCUGAAAACUAUUCUUCACCUUUUGUGAAAAGGGACAGGUAUGACAACCUUAAAUGUCUUAUACAGGAGAGGGCAAAGUCUCCUCAACCAGUAUUUGCAAAAAUUAUCAAUCUUUAUCAUCAUCCGGGCUGUGGAGGUACCACACUGGCUAUGAAUGUUCUUUGGGAUCUUAAGAAAAAAUUCAGAUGUGCUGUGUUAAAAAACAAAGAAAUUGACUUUAAGGAAAUUGGAGAACAAGUGAUCAAGUUGAUUACCUAUAAGGCAAGCAGCCAUCAGGACUACAAGCCUGUACUUCUCCUUGUGGAUGAUUUAGAAGAGCAGGAAAAUGUUUACAUUCUACAAAAUACCAUCCAUUCUGCUAUAGCAGAGAAGGAAAUGCGAUAUGAAAAAACACUGGUAAUUAUCUUAAACUGCAUGAGAUCCCAGAAUCCUGAUGAAAGUGCAAAAUUAGCAGACAGUAUAGCAUUGAAAUACCAACUUUCUCCCAAGGAACAAAGAGCUUUUGGAGCCAAACUAGAGGAAAUUGAAAAGCAACACCAGAACUUUGAGAACUUUUAUUCUUUUAUGAUCAUGAAAAGCAAUUUUGAUGAAACAUAUAUAGAAAAUGUAGUGGGGAAUAUCCUGAAAGGACAGGAUUUUGACAGCAAGGAAGCACAACUCAUUUCUUUCCUGGUUCUACUCAACUCUUAUGUUACUGAUUCUACAAUUUCAGUUUCACAGUGUGAAAAAUUUUUGGGAAUCUCCCAAAUUAAGACACACUGGAAACCUGAAAGCCUGGAAGACAAGAUGGGGACUUAUUCUACUCUACUAAUAAACACAGAAGCUGCAGAAUAUGGGAGAUACACAGCUGUGCGCAUCAUCCAUCCUCUCAUUGCUAAUUGCUGCCUAGAAGAACUGGGGAAAAGCUACCACUUGAAUAAGAGUACAAUUGCACUGAAUAUGUUACACGAGAACUUAUUCUAUGAUUGUGGAAUAGGAAAAGACAAAUUUCAACAUGAUGUGCAAACUCUCCUGCUUACCAGACAACGCAGGGAGCUUGGAAAUGAGAUAGACACUUUGUUUUCCCCUUUAAUUGAAGCUUUAGAGAAUGAAGAUGUUGAAAAAGUCUUGACUGCGGGAAGUAAACGAUUCCCACAAAAUGCAUUUAUCUGUCAAGCCUUAGCAAGACAUUUCUACAUUAAAGAAAAGAACUUUAACAUUGCUCUGGAUUGGGCAAAAGAAGCCAGACAGAGAGCACCUAAAAAUUCCUACAUCACAGAUACACUUGGUCAAGUCUACAAAAGUGAAAUCAAGUGGUGGUUGGAUAAAAACAAAAACUGUACAGAUAUUACCAUUAGUGAUUUAACACACCUCCUAGAAGCUGCUGAAAAGGCCUCAAGAGCUUUCAAAACAUCACAAGAGCAAACUGAUAAGAAAGUCUCUGAAACAGACACCUGGUCAUCACAGAAGUCUCAGAGAAAAUAUGACACCUAUAAUACAGCUGGGUUCUUGGGUGAAAUAGAAGUUGGUCUUUACACUAUUCAGAUUCUUCAACUUACUCCUUAUUUCAAUGAAGAGAGUGAAUUAUCUAAGAAACUGAUGUCAGAAUUUUUAUCAGGAAAGGGAAAUAUUUCUUCAAGUGGAAAAUGUGAAUAUUACUUGACUCUUAGCAAGUUUACAAGCUACUCAAAAUUUACAAUCAGAUUUGAAAAGGUGCUUUGAUUUUUUUGCUGAUUAUAUGGUUUUUUUGAAAACGAGGAAUGCCCAAAAGGAGACAGCAGAAAUAUUAUUAAGCAAGAAAAUCAGUCGUUGUUUCCAGAAAUACAGAGAACUUUUCUGUCAUUCAGAUGUGGAUCCAUUACAAAGCAAAGAGCGUCAUUUACUCCAAGAGGAGAACUGUAGAAAAACUCUAGAAGCUUUGAGAGCGGAUAGAUUUUCUGGACUCCUUGAAUAUCUUAACCCAAAUCAGAAAGAUGCUGCAACCGCUAUGGAAAGUAUAGUGAAUAAAUACAACUUCCUUUUGCAACAA